AUGGGAUCCAUCUGGCGCUGCGCAUGGCGACGGCUGCGGCCCGUCCUGUACCCUCGGGAGCUCCAGGACGCCUGGGCUGCGAAGGAGAGGUUUGCCGCGAACCAUCCGCUGGUGGACAGGCCUUUGCGGGCAGUCGUGGCCGUGCUGGUUGUGCUCAGGGGGCUCCAGGGAUUGAUACGGCCGUCGCGCGACUUCAUCAACUUGUGCGACGAGACUGCUCAGGGCAUGGCGGCGAAUCCGAGGAUCGCGUUCAAGGCCUCGCUCCAGAGUGGCGAGGAUAUCAUCGUCACCGACUACCUGGACGGCUAUAACUGGAUUAGAGAGAACACGCCCGCAGACUCUCGGGUCAUAGCCUGGUGGGAUUAUGGGUACCAGAUCACCGGCGUGGCCAACAGGACCUCCGUCGCGGACGGCAACACUUGGAACCACGAACACAUUGCCACCCUCGGGCGCAUCCUGACAAGCGAGCAGAGGAAGUCCUACAAUUCCAUGCGGCACCUGGCCGACUAUGCGCUCGUGUGGGCUGGAGGCCGCGGCGACGACAUGGCCAAGUCGCCCCACCUGGCGCGGAUCGGCAACUCGGUGUUCCCCGACCAUUGCGGCGACGAGGACCCCUUGUGCAGGAACUUCAACAUGUAUGAGGAUGGCUCGCCCACCCCCAUGAUGGGAAGGUCGUUCUUGUACAAGGCGGUCAACCACCAGAAGGUAGACGGGGUGGCGUUGAGCUCCAAGCUGUUCCAGGAGGUGCACACGACGAAGUACGGGCUGAUGAGGGUGUUCAAGGUGCUCAACGUCUCCGAGGAGUCGAAGGCGUGGGUGGCCGACCCAGGAAACCGCGAGUGCGACGCGCCCGGGAGCUGGUACUGCGUCGGGCAGUACCCGCCAGCGUUGGCGCCGCUGAUCGCGAAGAGGCGCAACUUCGCUCAGCUGGAGGACUUCAACAAGGGCAGGCGCGAGAAGAGUGCGUACACGAAGCUGAUCGAGGAGGAGCAGAUGGGCGCGGAGCUGCUGCGGGAGGCCGAGGAGCUGCUGUCGCAGCUGGAGGCGCCCUCGGCCCCGGGUGCCGACGGCGCCCGCGCAGAGCGCAAGACCCCCGCGUCGCAGAAGCGAAAGGCCAAGCGCAAGGCCGCAGCGGCCGCCAAGGACGGCGGCGGGGACGUUGCGCAGGCCCAGGAGGAGCUUCCCUGCCAUUCCAGACUGGUGGAGCCGGUUUCGAAGGCGGAUGGUGAGAAGCAGGGUACUCCGAUGCAGGCCGAGCGCCAGGGCGCCGGCCCCAAGCGCGAGAAAUCCCCCGAGGCGACGCCGGAGGUAGUCGAGGAGAGCAGCGGGGUGGCCACGCCUUUCGAGAUGGUGGUCAAGGCCACCGACCGGGCGCUCGAGGAGGAGAAGCCUGAGGUCGUGGUAGAGGCCGCGCUCCGGCAGCCCGAGGUCGCUGGGGCGGAGGCCUCCAGCGAGGGAGCGGCGCCGGAGGGCGACGAGGAGGAGAGCGAGGCGAGCAGCGAGGCCGAGGCCGCCCAGGCCGAGACCCCGGACGCGCACCAGAGCACGGAGGCCAGCCCCACGGGAGGCGCGUCGGCGUCCGCGGGGGCCAAGUGGGCGGACAUCACGGACGAGCCCGACGGCGAGGCCCCGCACGCCCGGCUUUCCGACCUGCGCCGCGGCCCCCCGCAGCAGUCCGCAGCCGCUUCUGCUCCAGGCAGCGAUCCUCGCGGCGCCAUGCUCGCCCUCGCCGGCACCGCCCUGCUCGGCGCGGCCCCGAUCAGCGCUGCAGCGUACCCCGUCACCUACACGAACUGCGGCGUGACGAACACCGUCAGCGCGGCUCCGACCAGGGUCAUCACGAUGAACCAGGGUGCGACUGAGUUCUUGCUCGCCAUGGGCCUCGAGGGCAGCAUGGUGGGCACCGCCUACCUGGACGAUUCCAUCUGGCCCAAGUACGCGGCCGCGUACUCCGGCAUCCCGGUCCUGAGCUCGUCCUACCCUGACGAGGCCGACAUUGUCGCCCUGAACCCCGACUUGAUCGUUGCGUCGUAUAGCUCGGCCUUCAGGGCGCUGUACACAACCUCCUCGGGAUCGACCCGGGGCGUUUUCAACAUGUCGUGCACGGGGGACGGUUCCGAGUACGGCGCGGAUUGGACCACCUGCCGCCCGCAGCUGAACGCGAUGGGUCACGGGACGUAUUUGUUAGAGGACGCUUGCGAGGACAGCUCGCUGCGCCCAGACACCGUCUCGGAGGAGACCGUCUACGAGGAGCUCGAGACCCUCGGGGAGAUCUUCGGGGUGGACGUGCAGCCGAUUAUCGACGAGAUGAAGGAGGACUUCGACAAUGCGGCGGCCCUCGUCUCGUCCAGCAUGGCCAGCGCCCCGCUGAAGACCGUCUGGCUCGACUGCGUCGGGCGCUGCUGCGCCGUGGCGGACGGCGAAGAGGAGGAGGUCUACGUGGGGGCGGGCUCGGGGGCCCCCAACAUGCUGAUGCAGGAAGCGGGCCUGACCAACGUGUUCUCGGACGAGCCCGGCAACUGGGCAUGCGUCAAGGUCAGCUCCAUCGUCGCCGCGGAUCCAGACGUCAUUGUGGUUGUCGACGCGGCCUGGGACUCGGCGGCCGAGAAGAUCCAGUGGCUCUACAACGACGCGGAGUUCUGCCAGCUGGACGUGCUGAAAGCCGCCCGCUUCGUGUCGAUCCCGUUCAGCGCGACCACGCUCAGCCCGCGCAACGGGCCAGCGGCGUACGAUCUCGCGAUCGCCGCGAUCCACGUCCGCACUGGCAUCACGACGCCCGCGCAGGAGUCGGGGGUCGGCUCGUUCAACCCGUACUACCUCCAGAAGGAGUCCGAGUGCGGGAAGUGCCCGCUGAGCAUGACCGACGUGGUGUACACCGACUCGGGAGACGACGACACGGUGUCGGUGGACUGCCCCACCACCACGGCGCCCAGCGGCGAGGACGUUGCGUCCAAGGGCGCCCGUGCCCGCAUCGCAGAUCUCCGCGCGUCGGUGGCAGUGGCCGCCUUGGUGCUGUCGCAGUUCUCGUGCGCCUGA